UCCAAGCCCGUGAAGAGAGUCGGCUCGCUCGGCACCGUCGACCGAGGGUGAAGCGAGUCAGGAAACGCUCGAAACACACGAAUGUUGCUUUCUGCUUGGAUUUCGCGUGUUAUCGUGCAGUGUUUGGGGUAAUUCUUUCGUUUUGUACUUGAGGAUCAAUAAGUAUCAGUGGCUAAUUGAAUGGCCUGUUACUUUCACCUGGGAUUAGGUGACCAUGAAGGCAAGAUGAUUCUUCCAAGGUGAUUGUAUUGUGAAAAAGUCGGAUUAUUGGUUCCUUCGUGUGUCGGUUUGCUCCUCUUUGUCUUCGGGGGUGCCCUAAAACCGAGCUACAACAAUAUGGCGGCUUCUCGGAGGCGAGGCACCCUUUCGUCACCGUGGUCUUCUGUGCUCAGCGUCGUUGUCUUCUUCGUUAUUUCAUGCGAUCGGCACUCGUUUGUGGAUUGUAACCAGUAUCAGAAAGAAGCAAGUCACGUAGCCACGCACGGAAAAUGUGAGAAAAUCACUGUUCCGUUGUGUAAAGACAUUGAGUACAAUGAAACCAUCAUGCCAAACCUGCUAAAUCACAGAGACCAAGACGCCGCUGGUCUUGAGGUGCACCAGUUUUUUCCCCUAGUCAAAGUGAAGUGCAGCAAGCAGUUGAAAUUCUUUUUGUGCUCAAUGUAUGUACCAGUAUGUACCGUUCUCGAAGACGCAAUUCCACCAUGCAGGUCUAUGUGCAACGAGGCUAGGACGGGAUGUGAGGGUUUGAUGAACAAGUUUGGCUUUGAGUGGCCAGAAUCUCUUCAGUGUGACAGAUUCCCCCCCUCAGGACUAUGUGUGGGUGAGAACACGACAGAGCCUGCAGACUCUACAAGAAAGCCCCCAAUAGAUACGGGAGGUGGAGGAUCGAGGCCUGGGUCAGGAGGUGAUGGAGGAGGAGGAAUUGGUGGUGGUGGUGGCGGCAGCACAGGAGGGGGAGGAGGAGGCAACCCUGUAAUCCCUGGAGGCGGAGGCGGAGGCACAGGAAUCCACACCCUCCCACCAUAUGGGCGUGAAGCAACGCGAGACCUGGGUUUCAAGUGUCCAUCUGUCCUGGAAACGCCCAAUGGGUUCGACUACCAUCUGAAAGUUGGUGAUGAAGUGGAAAAGAACUGUGGUGCUCCUUGUUAUGACAUGUUCUUUGAUGACAAUGAGCUGGAGUUUUCCCGCUGGUGGAUUGGGAUUUGGUCAUGCAUUUGCUUAGCCUCCACCUUGUUCACCGUUCUCACAUUCCUGAUAGACAUGCAGAGGUUUCGAUAUCCGGAGAGACCAAUCAUCUUUCUGUCCGGCUGCUACUUCAUGGUAGCAUUGGCCUAUGUUGUGGGAUUUGCUCUACGUGAGAAAAUAUCGUGUAAUGAACCUUUUGAGCCUCAGAAUGAUCACACUGCACCUGAAGACAUGCUGAAAGUUGUGACACAGGGCACCAAGAAGGAAGGCUGCACCAUCCUGUUCAUGAUGCUCUACUUCUUCAGUAUGGCCAGCUCCAUCUGGUGGGUCAUUCUGACCUUGACCUGGUUUUUGGCUGCUGGGAUGAAGUGGGGUCACGAAGCUAUCGAAGCCAAUUCCCAGUAUUUCCAUCUGGCUGCCUGGGCUGUCCCUGCCAUCAAGACCAUUGCGAUUCUCGCUAUGGGCCAGGUGGAUGGAGAUGUGCUUAGUGGCGUAUGCUACACUGGAAUUUUUGACGUUGAUGCUUUGAGGGGCUUUGUCCUAGCGCCUCUGGUUGUCUACCUCAUUAUUGGCACGUCGUUCCUUUUGGCUGGAUUUGUUUCUCUAUUCCGUAUCCGCACUAUCAUGAAGAGUGAUGGCACCAAAACUGAUAAGCUGGAGAAGCUCAUGGUUCGCAUUGGGAUCUUCUCUGUACUCUACACUGUGCCGGCUACCAUCGUGAUCGCCUGCUACUUCUACGAGCAAGCUUUCAGGGAUAAGUGGAUGGUCACAUGGCAUGCUACAAAUUAUGAAAUUCUCAACAUCAAUGAGCCAUUCAACGUCAAGUCCAAGCCGUGGCCCGACUUCAAUGUAUUCAUGAUCAAGUACUUAAUGACAGUCAUUGUCGGAAUCACUUCUGGCGUGUGGAUCUGGACUGGGAAGACUUUCCACUCUUGGAGGACUUUCUCGGGCAGAAUAUUUGUGCCCAAAAAUAACGAGUCAGUUGUGUAAGAAGAUAGUCGAAUAGUUCCGGAGGCAUUCCGUGCUCUGGACUGUUUGGCAAUGUGGUACACAAACUGCGAAAUUGUGCAAAAGUAUGUGGAUCAAGUACCAAAUCAUGAAAGGAUCUUGUGUGGACGAUGCUGUGUGGAUAAUGAGAUUGUUGGCGGUUAAAGUUCAACUUCCUCAUUUCCUUAUUGUUGUGACUGAUGGAAAUCUGUUUUGAAUCUUUGAUUGGUAAGGAAAAGUGUGAAAAGAAGGAAGUGAAGCUGAAUUGAGUAAAAAGUGUGAUGGUCGUGUGUGAGCAUAUUUUUACGAUAUAGCGGUAUGAAUCUGAGUUUUCCUUUUUGAAGUAUGUGGUGUGUCAAUGUGCUGAGUUUGUGAAUUAUUUAUGAUCUUGUAUAUAAGGAAGAAGCAUGAAAGUUUUUCUGAGAGUUGAUAGGACUAAAGUUUUGUGCAUUUCUUAAGAGAAAACUGGAGAGUUUUCCUCUUUGUGUUAAAAGAUUUUUUUUAAAAAUUUGAGCCUGCUUUGCACCGAUCUGAACAGGAAGUGUAGUUUGUAUGGUGAAUACUAUGGAUUACUACGGCCACUUUCAUGUUGCAUCGGUGUACAGAUUGUUCUGACCAAUUUUAGUGUUGACCACUGACUCGUGGGUAAUCUGAUGCAAAAUGAACAAAUGAAAGGUUUGAUCUGACACGGUUUCUGAUAUUUGUACAUUUUUCAGCAGCGCUUUUCCACAUGGGAGAACACGUUUUAUGACAAUGUGUAUAUGGUCUUCAGUGGGAGAAAAGCAGAGAUUUGCAACUACUGAAUUACUUAUGCGGACAUCAUGUUGUUUUGAAAGCAGUGGGAAUUACUGCCAGAAUUCGAGGAAUUUUUUUUGUGUGUAUGUGCUGGUGUUUCUGGUCUUUUUUAAUUUCAAUAUGGCUGCUACAGUACAGUCCCCCUUGGAUUUUGUCUUUUGGUUUGUUAUUUUUAUAUUUUUCUUAUAUUAUAAGUUAUAUUGUAUAAAACUGAAAGAAAUAAGGAAAUUCACAUAUUUUUAAUAUAGAAUUAUUGGUAGUCACUCUGGGAUACCAUGUACUGCAGGUUCUGGAAAGAUUUGACACAUGGUGUUCAUAUAUACCAUCUCUUUCAUUGUGUCAUUCUCACUUUCAUCUCUGUAAAUAUUUCAUGUCAUGUAUAAAUGCAGUGUUUUUGGCGACACUGCAAUAACUCAAGGGUCAGGGAUUGACUCUGAGGAUGCAAUGUUUUUAUGCUGUCAUUAUCUUUUCAAAAUGGUGGCCACACUUUCAUUGUAAUUACUUUGGCCACUUCCUUGAUUUAAGAUAUGAUUAUUUUUUAAUAUUUUGCAGAUAAUUAUGUGGCAGGGAAUAUUGAACAGAAGGUGUGACAAUGAGUCAACCACAUUGAUUUACUUUAUUACAGGGUUUGGAAUCGGGUAGGUGAUGAAAGUGCAAGACACAGUACAGUAAUCUGAUCUUCCAAGGCCUGGUCUCUUUGGUUUUGCAGAUAAUUGUAGAAAUAUUUUGUAAGUUUUCAGAUACUAGAGCACUCACAGAAAAAAAACAUUUCUGUCAAGUCUCUAGCCUUAUAAAACUUUUUAUUUUCCUAGAACCAAAGAUGAUGGAGAGUUCGUUAGAUUUUAGUAGACUUUUUGUAAGAGAUUCUUUUUAAAACAUUUUUUUGAUUUAAAAAAAGGUUAUUUUAUACAUUUAUAUUUUUCAUGUUUUGACAAGGCUUUUUGAAUUUGAUUUUCAUCAUGAAUUCGUAUUGUGACAAACUAGUCAGCCACAAGAGAGGUUAGAAAGUACAAUCAGUGUUGAGAGGGUGCAAAUUAGAAAUGUUCUGGAAAGGUUCAUCUGUGUAUUGAGAUCAGAGAACUGUCCAGCCUUUUUCUUCCUGUUGUGGGACAAGCAAGUGUAAAAAAAACACAGCAUAGAUUGUAAUCCUCAAGAAAAGUUCGAAAGUUUAUCAACUCCAAUUUUUUAUUUCUACUUAUCAUCAGAUGCAGUACUGGAAGGUUUGAGAAAUUGUAAUAUCCAUUCAAAUUGAACUGCAAGUUGAUUCUUGAAAGUUAUAAAAUUAUAAGUCUUGAAUGUGUGUAUGGGGCGACUGAUAGUGUUACUGGUAGUCACAAGCCAACUUUGUGUCCAGCUUUCUGCAUCAUGGACACUUGGACUGAUGUAAGGUCUUGUAUUGAUUGUUGGUUUUGUGGACUGGUUGAGUGAAAGCAAGUCCUCAUCAAGCUGUUCAAAUGUUCUAAGCCCACAAAGAAAAUUUUUUUUUUGGCAGAGAAAAAAAAACUGGAAUGUUUUUUUAAAUUUUAACAAGUAAUUGAACCUAAUUUAUGUAUGAACUUUUCUUACUUUUUUCAGCGUUUAGAAUUUGAAUUUUGAUAACAUUUGUCUUGAGCCUACGAGUAAUAUAAAUUAAACAACAAAGAGCCUCCUUUAAAAAUAAAAAAAAUUGGGGGCUCAAUACAUCUGAACACCUUGCUGAUGAGAUAGAAUUUGUGUGUCAUAGUGCAGUGUGUUGUAUUGAGUGGACCUGUUUCGUUUCCGUAGCGACAAGACAAAAGCAGCAGAAGACUUGGACAGGCUUGUGAAUAAAAUCGUGAUGCUUGGAAAGUGUGGCAGUUAAAAGAUUGAAUUGGAAGACUGACAUUUGAAUCAUGUUCUGACAUUCAUUUUUAUCGUUUACUUUGUUUUUGUACUCUUGUUCUCCUCUUCUGUUUGGUUUAAUUAAGUAGAUAAUAAUUAGUGCGAGCCAAAAUUUCAUCAAUUUUCUUCUUUCCAUUCACUACGGGCCAUACACUCACAGACAGAUUAGAUUGCACAGGCAUUUACUUUAAAGGGAGGGGAGGAACCACCUUGUACUCUUAAAGUAAAGUUAAAGCACUGUGCUCUUUGAAUUGAACUCAAAACAGCAUUUGGCUGAAAAUAUCAACCUAGCUAUCAAGACUAGAUGAAGAUGUUGUUCAUUCUUGGGUCAAAGGUGAAGAAAUUACAUUUUUCGUUGAGAGUCCUGUAAUUUUUAAGACGUUUUGAUUCUGUCGCUGAUUUUUAGCUCCUUUAAAACUGGUCUUGAAUCUGCAGGCAGGCACCAUAAAUAAAAGGCCUAGCAGGAUAUUUUUACAGAGAAUGGCAUUUUCUUUCACCCUCUGAUGUGUCUGAACAUUCUGUCCUUUAGAUAAAUAUUAUCUGGUUUUAUUGUAGGUGUAUGGCCCAUCAACUUUCAUGCAGAACUUCAUCUUGUAAAUAAUGUGGAAAUCCCUUUGUGAUGUGAAAUGGCUUUAUUAUUGACAGUCAUGCUUUUUCUUUUUUCGGAUUUUCAUCCUUAUCUCUCACUCUCACUCGUUUCUCAUGAAUCACAUAUUGAAGUUGUCACAACAGGUCAGUAGGUCUAUUAGAACUGAAGUGCAAAAGAGAAGGGUUGAGAAAAAAAAAAGAUUAAUUUACUCAUCAAGUCUUUGGUUUGUUGGUUUUACAGAAACAGAAAGGCGUGGUAGGGGUAAUAUUGUGAAUCCUAUUGGUGACUUGUCUUUAUCUUGACCAUGUGAAUGUUAUUAGGAAUACAGAACGAGAAGUGAAUUGUUGAUGGAAAUAAUUCUUGUAGUUUCAAUGAUUCAAUAAAGUCUCAAAGAAUGUGAAAAGCAAUUGAAGUUGCGACCAAUGUCUUGCCUGUCGAUGAUAUGUUGAUUAUUGUGAUUAGUAAAUUGAAGAGUUCUGGAGUCAGUUUCCUUACCACAAAUUCCCCCAUGUUUUAUCUUCCUCUUCAGUACAGAAAAGGGAUUUAAUGAGCAAUGUGUGUGGGGGGUUAAAUUUUUUUUUUUUAAUUAAGGGGAAAGGAAAGUUAAUUCAAUUAUAUCAUUCUUUCAAAUUAUAAACUGUAAAUUGUAGUUACAUAGGGUCAAGAAAUAGUACGAACUAAUGGAAGGCUUAUUAUUUAGUAAAAAGUAUUUUGUGAAGUGUAGUAAAUGGUUACUCUUGAGGAUCUCACAGAAGAAUAUAUACUGAUAACAUAUUAUAACAUACACAGUUGACGCGACUCCAGAUUAUAGAGAUUUUAUUGUUCUUGAAACAACUUUGGACUUUCAGAGUUUCAAGAGUGAAUCCAGGGAAAAGUUCUGCCUUGAAGGCAAAAAAUUAAUUCUGAUGGGGUCGGUUGAAUACUGUUGUUCUUAUGUUCUGCUGGUAAGUGGGAAUAGUGGAAUAGCUGUGAAUAUUGACCCAUUUCUUGUACAAUCUCAAUGCGUUGGUUGUUUUUGUUGCGCCAUAUAGUUCUUCUUUUUUUUUCUGUUCCUUUGUUUUUAUUUCUUGGUUAUUUUUAUUAUAUUUUUUUCAUCUAAUAUUUUUUUGCAAAUGAAUCAAUGUUAUGUGAAUAAAGAAUUCUUACAAAAAGUA